AUGACGUUACACCAGCGCCACCAACCUAAGGCCCAAGGCGAGUCUCCGGGGGGCGGAGGGGGGGAAAGGGCAGGAAAGACACCCGAGAAGAGGAAAAGAACGUCUCCCAGCGAGCCGCCGGCCUCCUCCCAGCUCACAAAAUCACCCCGAUGUGUGAGGCACAAGCGCCCAAAACCUUCCACCCUCCCUACCCCCCAGCACCCCGACUCGGCCGCACAGUCCAGGGGCUGCUACCAGCACAAAGAACAUCACCCCCAACUCUGCCGCACACACAAACACAAGCUCCCCUCGGCAGCGCGGGGGGCGGGAAGGAGCCACACGCCCCCUCCAGCUGUGUCUCCCGGGCAAGAACCCCGGGGGGCUGCCUGCUGGAGGGUGCAAGGGGCGUGGGAGCAGAAGCCCCCCACCCCCCGUCCGAGCCUUGUGGAGAUGGCCGAAGGAGACACCGGAACAAUGAGCAUUCUCCGCCGCCGGCGCCGGCGCUCCCCAGCCCGGCCGGGGCCGGGGCCGGAGCCGGAGCCGGAGCCGGAGGCGGCCCGGGCGCAGCGGACCGCGGGGCGACGGCGCCAGCUCCCCGCCCCCGGGCCGCCCCCCCUCGGCCCGGCGCUCCGGGCCUGCCCCCGCCCUCACUCACCGGCUCCCGCCCCGAGCCUCCGCGGGCUCCGCUCGCCGCAGCAGCCGGAGGGAGACGCAGGGCGACCGAGGGCCCCAGCCGCCGCCGGCAGCGCCGCCGCACAAUAUGGCGAGGCUCGGCUUCCGCAAUGGAGCUCGGGAAAUCCAACCGGGCCGCUCAAUAUUCAUGAGAGACCGAGCCGAGCCGGCUCCGGCAGGGGCUGGACGCGGGGCGGGGGGGAGGCUGGGGCUGGGGGAGGGGAGGGGGGCGGUGCCGGCGCCGGCGGGGGGAGAGACACCUGGAGGCUCCAGCCGCCCCCCUCGCUGCCGCCCCGCCCCCCGCGCCGCGGCGCCCCGCCCCCUCCUACUCCGCGGAGCGCCCGCCCCCAGGCCCCUCCCCUGCCAGAGAUGAUGAAAUCAGGACGUCACCGCCCUGACAUCAUCAUUCCCACCACCCCAAGGUGGUGGAGAUGCCACUUUAUCAGGAUCAAGAUCACUGCCCCCACCUUAGCCCCGAGCCUGCUUUGGAACAGGUGUGUCAAGCUGCAUCUGUAG